CUCAAUCUCAUCCACACAUCGCCACCUCCACCGCCACCGAGAAGCUUCCAGAAUCGCCGCGCGAAAGCGUCCGCUUCAGAUAUUUUCCCACCUUUCUCUUCUCUUCGAUAAAGAGCCACGGAGCGGCGACUGUCGUAAACCUGACCGUCUUCGUUUUGCGGUGGCCGCGAGCACGAUGGAGCAUUUGAAAAGGCCGCGCAGGCGAUCGGUUUCGUACUACGAUGUGCUCGGCGUCGUUCGGGAUGCCUCAUUCUUGGAGAUCCGCAACGCCUACCGGAGACUCGCUUUGAGGUGGCAUCCGGAUAGGAGAAGGGGGGAGCCGGAGAUGGCGGAUGAGGCCAAGCGAAGGUUCCAACAGAUCCAAGAGGCUUACCAAGUGUUAUCCGAUGCCAAGAGGAGGAGAUUGUACGAUUCUGGACUCUACGAUCCUAUUGAAGACGAGGAGGAAGCAGUCGAGGGCUUUCAUGAUUUCGUUCAAGAAAUGAUGUCGCUUAUGGCUAGCGUGAGGAAGGAGGGGAAGCAGUAUAGCCUAAGGGAACUACAGCAGAUGCUGUUUGAGAUGGCACAAGAUUUCAAUUCGUUGCAGACUUCCAAGUGCUUUGCCGAUAUGAUUUAGGAAACGAGACGAAGAAAAGAACUCGCCGACGCUUCAGUGGCAAGGACUUGUUGAGAAACAUUAGUUGUACCUGAGAACACCUGGAGUUUUCGGAGCCAAAAAAAACCAUUGGCGUCGCAUGUAAAUAUGGAUAAAAUGAGUUCUUCUCUUGAUGGUUGUUAAUUGGCACAAGCUUAUGACUUGGAGACUCAAGAUUUCUCA